UCAGCUGGGAGUUGGUGUUCAUCUUUUGUUUCCCGGAAUUUAUUGGCGCCGGAUCGAUCCACGUCUUUAAUCCUUCAAAGCGGCAGCAGCUUACUUUUCUUUUGCUUUUCUUUUUCUGCCUUUUUCCCCUUCCUUUUAUCUCUGUGUUUGCUUUAAUUGCCUUUAUCUGUGCGGUGCGGUGCGGUGCGGUGCGCUGACAUGAAAAGCAUCCGUUUGCUUCUUUCUCGCGCAGAGCUUCUGAUAUAGGGAUGGCGCUGGGGAAGGCCAUGGAAGAGUUUGGGCCCUCCGCGGCCUCGUUGAGAUCGCCGGAGACAGCGGAGAUGAAGAGUAGCAGGGCGGUCAGGCCGCCGCGCAAGGAGAAGCCGCCGCUGAAGUGCCCCCGGUGCAACUCCGGCAACACCAAGUUCUGCUACUACAACAACUACAGCCUCACGCAGCCGCGCUACUUCUGCAAGGCCUGCCGCCGGUACUGGACCGAGGGUGGCUCUCUCCGCAACGUCCCCGUCGGCGGCGGCUCCAGAAAGAAUAAGAAACCCUCUUCUUCUUCUUCUUCUUCCUCCUCCGCCACCGCCAUCAAUACUCCCAAGAGAUCCCCUGCCGAGUACCUCAACCUCUCCGCCACGACCUCCGGAAUCCCGCAGCAAUGCGUGCCGCCUGUCGAGUACAACUAUAUUAACGGUCACUGCUCAAACUUCUCGCCUUUCUUGCCGAUGCUGUCCGCGCCAUCGGCCGCGGCGGAGUACCUCUCGGGCUUCGGAGUGCAAGAGCUAAUCAGACCGCCACCGUCCAUGAGCUUUCCGAUGGACGGAGGAGUUAACGUCGGAGGGUACGGCGGCGGGGGUAAGCUGCUGUUUCCGCUAGCGGACGACAUGAAGCCGGCAGUGGUGCCUUCAAGUGGCAUUAAUGUGGCACACCAACUGUUCGACGAAAAUAACAACAGGCAAGGCGAUGAGCUUCCCCCGCCCGCAGGCUUCUGGACUGGCCUCAUGAACAACAACGCCGGAGGACCAUGGUAGAAGAAGAAGAAGAAGAGUUGCUCGAUCGAUUAUAUCAUGCGUUUCAAUCAAUCCACAACACCUAAUUAUAAUUACAUGAUAUGAUAAUUAUAUUCACUUCCUGUUUAAUUAACUCUUUCCAAAUUGUUGCUCAUUUUAUAUAUAUCUAGCUAGCUAGAAACUGGUUGAUCUCGUGUGGGAUGUGGAGGAACUGUAAGAUGAAAUGUGGCGAAUUAAGAACCUUGUAAGAAUUGAGUGUAAUGUUUGUGAGGUUGCAUGAGUUCCAUUUUGCAUUUGCCAUCA